AAUGCACAUCCUGGUUGAAAGGUUGAGAACGUCAUACUCAUGCUGCCUGGAACCACAACAUACAGCUAAAUAGCUAGCAAAGCAGCUGUUUUAAAUAGUGGUAUAUUUAUUAUUUUUGUGCAUUGGUACUGUAGCUCGUUUUGGCAGAAAUGUCCGGAAAGGCUAAAGAUAUCCUACAGAUGGACCUGUACGGUUUACUUGGCGUCGAAAGCACUGCUACAACGAAAGAGAUCAAGAAAGCAUAUCGGCAGAAAGCUUUAACAUGCCAUCCAGACAAGAACCCAGACAACCCCAAAGCAGUUGAGCUCUUCCACCAGUUAUCCCAGGCUCUUGAGGUGCUAACUGAUGCCGCCGCUAAGGCUGCUUAUGACAAGAUUUGUGCUGCCAAGAAACAAGCAGAAGAAAGAAACAAGAAACUAGAUAGCAAGAGAAAGAAAAUUAAACUUGACUUGGAGGCCAGAGAGCGACAAGCAGAAGCUCAAAGCCAGGAGGAAGUGCAGAUCACUAGAACACUCGAGGAAGAGAUUGCCCGCUUGAGGGAGGAGGGAUCCAGACAGCUCGAAGAGGAGCAGAGGCUCAUCAGAGAGCAGAUCCAGAGAGAAAGAGAAGCACAUCAACACGGAGGAGACCACACUCAGAGAAACUCAGGAGUGGAGAGAUGUUCCAAGAGCAACGUAACCCCAAAAUUGAAGUUGAAGUGGAAGUGUAAAAAAGAUGAUGAGACGAAUGGAGGCUACUCUCAUGACAUUCUAUUUAAACUUCUACAAAAGUAUGGUGAUGUUUUGAAUGUGAUCAUCUCAAGUAAGAAGAAAGGAAGUGCUGUUGUAGAAUUUGCAACUGUGAGAGCUGCUGAGCUGGCAGUUAAGAAUGAAAGUGGCCUAGCUGCAAAUCCCCUGAAGAUUUCCUGGCUUGAAGGACAGCCUGAGGUUUUUGCCGCAGCUUCUCAGUCUGGGCAGUUCAUGCCUUCACAGGCUUCCCUGUCCAAUGAGCGUGACUACGAAAGCAUUGUGAUGAUGAGGAUGAGGCAGGCCGCCGAACGUCAGAAACUCAUAGAACAAAUGCAGAGGGAAGACGAGGAGGAAGCUGCCAAGUCGUAGCACCACAGGACUCAGCUCGUUACCAGCGCUGUGAGACAUAUUAGAUGUAAUCCUGCAUCAGGCUUUAGUUUCAUAAAGCCUCUUAUUUGUUUUUAUUAUUUUUUUUGUAUGUAAUGUGAUGUGCGGCAAAAUAAAUAAUUUUCGUAACCAAACAAACAACUGUUUUUGUGUCAUGGCCUUUCCUGAGAAGAGAUGUGAGAACCAGCAGGGUUUGAUGCACAGCUGUGUAGUGCCAGAUAGUAGAUAAAAAUUUGGAGAUUUGAAAUGUUUUAGACUGGAAUGCAUCUUAUGACUACGUUUGAAGUACUGCGUUAUGGUGUGUGCAUUACGGGCCUCUGGGGAUUGAUUAUUGGUCUAUUAAGUAUCACUGAGUACUAAUACAUUUGUAGGUAAUUUUUUUUUUUUUACAAAGUAUUAAGAGAAAGUCUUUAUUUAUAGUGUUAUAAAAUGUUAUUAUCCUUUGUCCAGGUGAAAGUCUCAUUGAGAUUUAAAUCUCAUUUCCUAGAGAGGGCAGGCCAUCGUGGCAACAAAAGUUACAACAAAUACAACAUAACAAGUAAAAAACAAAUACAAUAUUCCAUAGAAACAAGUGAGCAAAAAAUAUGCAACAGCAGAUCAUAAAAACAGUCACACUGACUAAAAGAGUUAUUCUCUCAGUCCUCUCCCUCAGUUCCUUCUGUAGAUUAUUCCAGGAAACGGGGGCGGCAUAUUUAAAAGCUUUUUUCCCAGGUCUGUUCUGAUUUUCGUUACAGUCAUUUGUAUGACAUUGUGAGAGUCAGGCUAUAUCGGAUGUGAGUUUUACACAUAUAAACACACAGAUAAGAGGGAACCAGCCCAAGGAGAGAUUUAUAGAUAAAAACCAACCAAUGGGAAAGUGCAGAUCUACAGAGAUGGCCAGGAUUUCAAGAGCCAGUAAUAAAACCUAAAACACAAUGGUAGACAGUAUCUAACCUUUUUAGAUAGUGGGCAGGUGCGUUCAUAAAAAGCAGAUCACCGUAAUCCAAUAAAGGUAAAAAAGUUACAUAAAACAAGUGUUUCAUUUACUUGGAGAGAGAAACAAAAUUUAUUUCUAAAAAAGUAACGUAGUUUCAACUUGGACACAAGCCUUUCAAUGUGAGUUUCAAAUUCUGAUCUAUAAUGAUACUUAGAUACUUAUAAGAUGUGACCAUUUCUAUUUUGGUCCCUUAAAUGGUUUUAAUCUCAGGAAACGUUAAUAACAACUCUUUGCCAUUUGAGAAUAACAUGAAGUUGGAUUUCUCUGCAUUUAACACCAACUUAGGUUGAGUUAAAUGGGACUGAACAAAAUCAAAGGCAAACUGCAGAAAUUUAAGGAUUUGUGCUACUGAUGGAGAUGAACAAUAGAUAACUGUAUCAUCUGCAAAAAGAUGGAAUGGAAUGUUUGAUAAAUUAUCACAAAGGUUAUUUAUAUAUAGAGAAAAGAAUAAUGGCCCUAAUAUGGAGCCCUGAGGAACUCCUUUGGAUACUGGGUGAAAAGAGGAAGAACACCCAGCAACGUGGACACAUUGUGUUCUGAUAAGUAAUUUGAUAACCAACUUACAGCAUUUACAGACAGACCAAUAAUUUUUAGUCUGUUUACUAAAAUGACUUGGUCAACUGCAUCAAAGGCCUUCAACAAGUCAAGAAAAAGAGCAGCACAGUAUUCUUUGCAGUCCAUUGCAUCAAUAAUGUCGUUCAACAGUUUAAUAGCAGCAGUAAUGGUGUUGUGUUGUUUUCUGAAUCCUGACUGAUGUUGGGAAAGAACUGAAUUUUGGUCCAAAAAUUCUUUUAGUUGUUCACUAAUAAAGUUUUCUAGAACUUUUGCUAAAACACACAAUUUAGAUAUGGACCGGUAGUUAUUAACAUCUGAAGGAUCACCUCCUUUCAACAAAGGGAAACCAUAGGUAGAUUUCCAAAUUGCAGGGAUCUCAUUGUUCAAGAGGCGAAGAUUAAAAAUAUAAGUUAGUAGUUCUGCUAUAAAAUCUGCAACCAACUUAGGAAAAUAAAGAUCAAGCUGAUCUGGUCCUGCAGAUUUAUUUGGAUUCAACAGAUUUAAGGUCCUGUGGUCCUCAAAGAAAUUUAGAAGAGAAAAGCUGAAGGAUUGGUCCACAGAUUCAGUUUGAGUGGUCGAAGACAGAGCCUCCUGUUCAUUAGGCAGUUUUAAAUAUGGAUGUAAAGAUUCAAAUAAAGACCUGGAAGAAACAAAAGACUCAUUAAAGCGGUUUAGAAUUUCACAUUUUUCUGUCAACAAAAACUGGCAUCUCAUUGGUAGUUAUGUCCCUAUAAAAACAUGUUAUAAUUUUUUUUAGGAUCAUUAAGAUGUUCAGUAGUUUUUGAAAGAUAAAAUUCUGAUUUGGCCCUUUUAAUGAAGAAGGCUGAACGAUUUCUUAGCUGUCUAAAAAUCAGCCAAUUUGUCUCAGAUUUAGUUUUUCUGGCCUGAGCCCAGGCAGCAUCCCUUUUUUAAAGAGACUGGACAGCUGAGGGAAAAAAACAAGGAUUGUUUGUGCUUAAGGGCUAUGUUUAUUUAUAAUUUUAAUAAAGGCAUCAUAAAAGUAUUUUCAUGCCAGUUCUACAUCACUGAUCAGGUAGAUUGUAUUCCAGCGGUAGUCACGUAAUUCAUGAAAGAAGGCUUGCUCACAGAAAUCCUUAAAAUCCUGUUUAUGAAAUAUUUGUGGUUUUGGUUUUGGGAGGUUCAGUUGUGUCACUGCAGCUACCACACAGUGGUCAUUGUUAUCAUUAGCAAAAACCCCAAUGUGAGAAUAUUUACACAUCACACAUAGAUUUAAAACUGUCUGAGGCAGAAGACAAUCAGUCUGAGUUAAAAUCUCCAGCAUUCAUUAAGGGCCAAUUUCAUUAAAAUCUAAAGUGGUCAGUUUGUCACUAAGUGAAAUUAAAGCCUCAAUAAUAGCUGAGGGGGUCUAACAACCCUACAAUAGGAAUAAAAUGGUCCUUAAAAAGUUGGAGCUUAAAGGCAGGAAAGAAAGAAAGAAACUGCUUACUAAAAGAUUAAAAGAUACUGAUGAUUGGACAAUAACAUGGAAUUUGUUUUUUACAUAAAUUGCAACACUAACACAACGAAAACAUUUGUAGCCCAUUAUUGCAACGUCUUUGUCAGUAACUGAUAUUGUAAGCAAAGUUUCAGAUAAUAUAAGAAUAUCAGUAUCCAAUGCGUUCACCAACAUUUUCAAUAAAUCUCUUUGGGAGGUGAGAGCACAGGGAAAUAAACCAGUCAUAUGGAAUAAAUAAAUCAAUUAAAUCAGAUGAACUUAGAGCUGUGCUGAUGAUCACAUUUGAAAAAAUCCCCUUUUGUGCCCUAUGAGAGGACUAGAAAAUAAGGUUUAUCUUCCUCUCCAGACUGUUGUUGUGCCUCAUGUGGACAGAGAGCCCAAAGAGAUUGGCCGUGCUACACCACACAUAAUCAAAGUUGCAUAAUGAUAUAAUUUGCAUCUGUCAACCAUUGUCUGGUUCAGUGUGACUACUCACUGCCUCAUUAUUCAAGCCAAACAAGUGUGAUGUAAAAAAAAAAAUCAUUCUUGUCUGCACUCUCAUUCAGAAGCCGUGAUCCAAACCACAGACUCUCUGAUGUGACUACGUGGAAAUCAUUUUUUCUUCCAUGCUAAUCAGGCUGCGAUUGGAACACAAGGUAGGCUUUUAUGGAAUUCUUGUGGGCUUGUGUGAUGAAACGUGAACAUACUCUGGAGGCCCUCCAUUACAGAGUUGGUGGUUUAGAUGAUUUUUCCCUUUUCUUUGUAUUCACUAGAAAAGUUUUCUACUCCCUACUGAAAAAUUAGGUUCCAAAACGGUGUUCAUUGAGGUCUGAUCUUUGGUGGUAGAUGGGACAUUGAGCAUGCGUAUUCUCUAUGCAAACCCUUUAUUUUAUAAAAGUCAAACAAAUGGUCAAAAAAACGUACUUCUUCAUGGAUCUUCAAAUCCAAAUUUUUAUUUUGAGACUGACGAGAGCAGCUUUGAGUAAUUUACACGCCAUAGGAGUUCCUUGCAAACACUUGCUUUGAACAGAAGGUGGUUGUGGCCCUCCGAUGACCACGUUAGGAUAUCCCCUCCCUUUAUCGUCACACAGACCCAAGAGUAGGAGAAACAGUGCUCAGAGCAGUCUGAAGCUUGAGCUUUUGGCUUAUAGAGCCUGUGUGUACUUAACUGACCUCCUUAUUUUAAACAUGAACAUUCACCACAAAAUGUGCACUGUACAGCAGGGGUGUCAAGGAGGAGAUUACUAAAUGUAUAAUAACACAAUUAUACAUUUUUUGUCUUCUAUAGUCUAACCUUUUUGUUACAAAACAUUGAAUGAGUCCAAAAGUCUUCAGAUUAGCCAUAGCCACAUAGCAACAUGUUGGCACAACAGGAAACAUUUUAUUACUAUUUAUAGAUAUUUUUUAUAUUGAUUGAAAAGUUUUGGAAAGAUGGGAAAUUCAUUCAAAGAGAUUGGAGCCACGCCUGAACACCCCCCCCCCCCGCCAUACUCAUCAUUUCAUGAGUAAUGAAAUUUGAUUGGCAAGUUAGUGGAUAUUAUUGUCGGAUAAGUUAAUUUGUUAUGUGACUGCAAGCUUAAUGUACAGCUGCUGUAUUUCUCAGGGAGAGAAGAAAAAAAUGUUCAUGUGAGACACUAAUAGAUGGAGAAAGAGCAGAAAUGGGAGGAAAAUUUGAGCUUUUUUUUCCAAAGAUGAGCACUGCUCAGCAAGUGAGAUUUGAUAAACUUGAAAUUUAAAGCUUACAUGUGAUGUCCUAAUACACUUUUUAAAAUCAGAUAUCGGCUUUCUACAUUACGUUUUUUGCUACAUUAUGUUUUCAUCAAACAUCUUGCAAAACUAACUGUAGUGCACGAAUUUCAUGUUAAUCAAAGGCUGCAUGAAAACACCCGCAGUUUAGUGCAAGCUGAACUGUUAGUUUGCAGUGAUGCACGAUGUUGUACUGGUUACAUCUGGGUUACUGUUACUUGGUUGCAUCACUGAUCGCAGACAUCACUUUAUUUUGAUCAAUGUAUUUAUAUUUACUUUCUGAAGUCUAUUUUUCAUACUAGCUUUAUUGUGUCUAUGUGUUGGAAAUCAGUCAUAUAGAUCAUGAAACAUCUGAGUGUAUUUUCAUGAAUUCAUUUGGCUAAAUCCACAAAGAGCAGUGAAUAUCCUAGUAGCAGCAAAAGAUCAGAUCAUCACAGUCUGUACACAAAGAAAAAAAUACUGGAGCUCACAAAACAACUUAUGUGACUUAUUUCUAAGUAGUUCUUUUCACCACGCUGCACGGCUACACCCAGUCUUAGGGUUCCCCCACCUGCCAAAUCCCACUUUAACACCUGCUUACAUUCCUAGCUGCUUUAAAGCCCACUAAUUAACACAUUUUUAUUGUGGGUAAGUCUAAUUGUGAAAAAAAUAAAAGCAACACUUUGACAGGCUGUUAGGUGCUGAACUAUUUCUUGGCAGAUGACUUUCUGGAGUCAUGCCGUCAUUGUGAGGUAACCAGUGGAGACUCUGGGAAGUUACUGGUCUGAGCCAAGAAACAGUCUGGCGCAUAAACCCCCCCAUUUGGCUCUGGCUUAGGCCUGAACCCACAGACACAAGAUUUAUCAGUCUUCCUAUCAUCCAACUGUCCAUGAAGUGUUUUUUUUUUGCAAAACCAAUGCACCAUUGUUUUAAUCCUAAUUUAAAGCUGCCCCUCUUGAUGAAGAGCUGAGCUUGUUUCAGUGCAACCAAACUCAGCGUUUCCAUUUCACACGCCCCAUUCCACCCUUGGCUUCCAUGGAUCGUGUCAUAACUCAAUAACCAGCGUAAAUUAAAACUAGAAAUUUGGUGUUCUUUUUCUAAUGGUGGCCUCAAAAACAAAUUCUCAAACUUCUGAUUUUGUUGUUCUACAAGCAAACUGUUGCGCAAUAGGCUUAUGUAAUAUGUAUCCAGAAGAUUCUGUAUUGCUCAUUUAAGUUCUCUGAAGUGACGUGCUACCUCUCUGUGACCCACAUAAAGGCAGACCUUACCGUGCCAGACUACUGCGGUCACCCCAGGGUUUUGUAACAAGGUUCUCUGGACUGUGGAACAUGUAUCCAUUCGAAUAGUCUGUUUUUUCCCAGUUCCCUUUGGGGGGAAAGCUAUUGCAUAAUCGCGUGUCUGCAUUUGCAGGCCUGUGUGGCGGUGCUUUCUCCUGUCAUUGUGUUAUUUAGGAGCCACGGUGCAGCUUCGCAACAUCCAAUCUAGCCAUCCAUCUCCCCGCCACUCCUGCGCCGCCUCACCGUGGCUGUUACACAAUGUCCAGCUGUGGAACACAGCGGUGGUGUGUUGGGAGACAUCUGUGCCUCUCCUCCUGCAAAAUCCCCUCAUCACAUGGUUUUGUUUAUGCAUAGCCGCUUUCAAUAUCCCAGCAAUGUGAACAAAAGAAAAAAAAAAACAGAAGGGGAACACAUAAACUCUGUCCAAAUGACAAGAGGAAAUACAGUCACAGGAAAUACAUUCGCCACCAACUCUCCCCCAAGCCCACAGUGGCUUGUGCUGCAUGCAAACCAGGAUGGAUGAGCCUGUUGCUCUGUCAUAUCACCAAUUAUGGCAGCGGCACGGAAUCCUCACGGUAUCUCGUUGCUUCCCAUUUUCCUCACAUUGUCCGUGUCGAAGCAGUCACUGCGGUGUACCCAAACAGUAUCUGGAAUGUCUGUGGCAACAGAACUGCGAAGCACCGUCUCCUUUUGAUCUUUAGCAGGGAGGUAGAUGCUAAGUCAUGUGUGAGGCAGCAGGUCUGGUAAGAGUUUGGCUGUGAGCUAGUUGGCAACGUUUCUGGUUUGCGGGCUAGCGAUCCGGGCUGGCCCCAGACAUUUGUUGGCAGACCCGAGGCUGUAAUGAAACCACCCAGAGUGUUUUGGCUCUCGCAGCCAGACUUCUGCUCUCAGUGUUCCUGCGACGCUAGUGUCUCAUCUUCAAACGUGUAGAGACUCUGUAAUGCCCCACAGAGCUGUAACAGCCCACAACAAGUAACAAUAAUGUUUAUCGUGUUUUAUGUUUGAUGUCCUGUAUGCAUCUGUUUUACAGAUUUUCAGACGAUUACACAUUAUGUUUAAUUCUGUUUAAACUGAUUACUUUUAAUAAUAAGUACACAAUCCACAUCAUGACAUCAUUAAGUUAGAAACACAUGUUUAAAAAAAAAAAAAAAAAAAGUCUUUACACAGCAAUGCAUGUACAAAUGUUUCUAGUGUUUUAAUUAGAAAAAAGUGAGGCUUGGUUCAGGCUAUAUGAUAUAUACCCAAUAAAUCUACUCUGGUCACUACACUGUAUCACCAGUGAUAAACAGUAUUGACAAAGGAUACUGUAAAACCUCUGGAAUGUAGUUUCAGUAAUCCCCUGAAUCUGGUGACCUAUCAUCUAAUCUGAGACCUUAUGUAAGGGAUAAUCCAAACUUUAGUUUGACUAUGGCGUUAUUUUAUAGCUGCCAAUAUCUUGAA